CAGAGGGAGCAGUACUGCAGAUGGCUGCCACCACAGCUCAGCCCAUGGCUAGCCUACCCAGCGGAUUGGGCAUUUGCACCACUGCACCAGACAUCUUCUACCUACCUGAACUGGUCUUUGGGGGUCUGACAUGGAUCCUGGUGGCCUCCGUUCGUGUGGUCCCAGCGAACCCUCUGGGCUGGGUCAUGUUUGUGUCCAUCUUCUGUUUUGUAAUGACGUUCCUCUGGCUCGUCAUCUUCGCAUGUGGGGGACACAAGAACAGCUAUGGUUGGGCGACAGCUGACUUUAUCUAUCACUUGCUGGCAGUGAUCUUCUACCUCAGUGCAGGAGUGGCUCUGGCCUACAUGACAAUUCUAAGUAAAGACAACCCAGUAUUUAGAAUCUACCAGAUCGAAAUUUCAGCUGUGGUCUUUGCCUUUGCAUCCACUCUUGUGUACUUCAUCCAUGCCAUUCUGUCUGCAAUCCGGUGGAAGAACUUCUAAUUUCCCAAACACCUAAACUAGAAUGUAUGCAGCACUUGUAUUAUGUGUGAAUGUCACCAGU